GCAGUACUGAUGUUUUUGGUCCUUAGUGAACAUUAUGUGUUAUUUCUUUAAAGUUUAUUCAGCUCGUUUUCCGUGGUUGCAACUCACAUACUCUGCUGCUCUAACCACAAUAUUUCGUUACAGCUGUGCAUCUAUUGUAUAAAGGGUUUAUUGCCAGAGAGCAUCAUUGUAAACCAGAAGUAAUAUUUUCUUUAACCUUUUUGGGCUGAGUUUGCAUUGCAAAAGCUCUACAUAAGACACACAAAGCCACUAUUCUGAAAAGCAGAAACAUUCAAACUGACCGCUUUAGGCGAGUACAUAACAAUUAGCGUAAAAAGUCAAAAACAACCAACAUCCAACAAAUAAUUCACUAUGAUAAUGUCUGAUGGGUUGUUUUUUUUCGCUAAGUGCGUUCAUUUUAAAGGUAGGUGUUGUUUCGCCAUAUUUUCUCCCUAGCGUUGCUAGGAGACGCUCCAAACAAAAAGCGCUUCCUUGGCAACCUACACCAUUUGUAAAGUGAAGAUAAAGUGAAACGUUUUGAAGUCGUUUUUUUUUCAUAAUGGCUCUACCACUUAUGCCCGGAAACUCGCCCAAUGCCCAGCUAGGGAAGGAGAGAUUUCACAAAUCCCAGCAUUUCAUGGUUUACAGUGGAAGGAUGACGGUGGACCUGGAGAAGCCGGGUAUCGGAGGAGAGCCUUUAAUCGGCCAGAAGAAUCCACCAAAAUAUUCUGUCUAUCCCAAAGGAGAGGGCAGUGACCUGCCUUCCUGGGUUGCUUUUGACAAACAGACUCUUUGUUUUGAAGCUUACUUCAAGGAAACUGAAUUUGACGCAAAGGUCGAGACACACAGAAUCAGAAAGUGCAAGAUCUUCUUCUACUUGGAGGAUGACACCAUCCAGGUGAUAGAGCUGAGAUUCAAGAACAGCGGCCUCCCUCAAGGAACGCUCAUCCAUCGGCACCGCAUCCCUCUGCCUCCGCCCAACGACGACCAGUUCUACAACGUUUUCCAUUUCAACAUCAACAAAGACAUAGUGUUUUACUCUCGCACGUUCACAGUGACCGACUGUGACUUGUUCACAAAGAACUUCCUCUCUAAACUGGGUCUGUGGCUGAACGAGCCAGCCACGGUGCCGGAGGACCCUUACACCAACCUCCGCCAGCAGCACGAGGCGAGCAUGAAUCCUCUUCGUCCGUACGAAAGACUGCACCCGCUCAAGCAGUUCCUGGAGAAUGACGGUAAAACUCUGCGCUUCUACUGCCUCUGGGACGACACGGACAACUUGUUUGGAGAUCGGCGGGAACUCGUGCUUCACUACUACCUGGCUGAUGACACCGUUGAGAUCAUCGAGGUGAUCCCGCCAAACUCCGGAAGAGUGCACGUCUCCAAAUUCUUACGCCGCUGCAAACUACCUAAGAACGCUCCAGUGCAGAUGAAGCCCCCUGGAGCGGUCACAACCCGGACCGUCCUCAACGUGUUUGGCUCCAUGAAUGAAGGAAAGCACAUCGUACUGGACAGCUGUGACAUUAGAGCUGCCACUGAUGAGUUCUACAAAGACUCCGACCUGGCUAUAGGCAAAGAAAUAAACGUCUGGGGAAGACGAGUUCUCCUCACCGACUGUGAUGAAUUCACCAAAGCGUACUACCGCUUCAAAUACGGCAGAGAGGAUUUCACCCCAGUCCAACACAAAGCUCCUCCAGCCCCCAAACCGCCGAAGCCAGUGCCCCCCUACAAUGGCUUUGGCUCCGAGGAGGACUCGUUGGGCAAUUGCCAAGGCCUGCUGCCCAAACCCGUCCACAAGGACUUCAAAAAAUUCAUGGAGAAAGACAGCAGUGGCCUGAACAGUAAUGUGCUGAGUUUCAAGGCCAGGAUGAUCACCACGGAUCCAGUGCACAGAGAGCGGGUGUUCCUCAUUCGCUACUACCUGUCUGAUGACUCCAUAAGUGUGUUUGAACAGGAGCAGCAGAACUCAGGUGUAAUUGGAGGAAAGUUCCUGGAGCGCCAGCGGGUUAAGAAACCGGGGCAGGAGCUGUUCAAGAGCGAGCCGUCUGAAUACUUCAUGGCACAGGAUCUGUAUGUCGGAGGGUCCAUCUGCAUGAACGGAGUGCGCUUCCAGCUUGUGGACGCUGACGAUUACACACUCGGCUACAUGGAGCUGCAUUCAGACGAGUUCCCCAUAACCAACAUAGGCACCAUCUUCAGCAAACUGCGUUCCAUUUCCGAGGACAAACAGAAUGAGGUCAGGACGUUCCUGUCCAACAAUACCCCCAUCAACAGUGGCUUCGUCCACUUUGAGCCCUUCAGAGACUUAGUGAUGGGCCUGAACUGCGGCCUGACGGAGCAUGAGGCUCUGGCCCUGGCCCGGCGCUACUCGGACCACCCGGUGCCUAAAGAGGACGUGGCGGUGAUGCUUUCUGUGGCGCAGCACUACCUGAGGAGGAAACGGUUUGAGGACUACAAUCUCCUUUCAGCCAGAUUUGUGCACAGCGACAGGCAAAAAUCGGGACGUCUGCCAGCCGAAGAGGUGAGGAACAUCUGUAAAGCCUUCAUGCUUCCCAUCCCCGAGAGCCUGCAGCAAGCCCUCUUAACAGAGUAUACAGAUGGAGACGGGAUCGACUACCACGCCUUUGUCGCUGGAUUAAACUGGCUAGAGCACCCGGCACCGCCAGUGCUGGCCGACGACAUUUUAAAGUAUGAGGUCAACGCCAGGUUUGAUGGUGGUCGAUCUGCUCUGAAAAACAUCAACUGCUCCAAACUUGUGAAGGAAAUAUUCAGCUUUUCGCCCAACAGAGGUGAAGCAGAAGCCGCUGCCUCAACGUAGAUGCUUGGAGGGGAGGAAGUGGACUCUCAGACCAGCAGCCUGGAAUCAGCCAUUGUCUGCUGAUUAAAGAAUGUCACUUAUUCAGUUCCUUUGUUUUCAUCGUGCAUCUUGCUAAGGCACAGAGGAUGGGAGAAGUGUGAACACUGAGUGUUUGUUGUUUUGUGUGUUAGCUGUCUGGCAGGAAAAGGCCGUUGGUUCAGCACACUCCACUUAGCUGGAAAAUUGGUGCUUCAGGGAAGAAACCUGCUCAGAAACCAGAUGCUUUUGAUGUUUCCCCGCCCCCUGUGUGUGCUUACAAAUGAUAGUGUAAAUUCAAACAGCUGGUCUGAACAAUGUAGUCGUACCUUACAAAAGUAUUCAAGUCCACGGUGUUUGCGCAUCCUUAGCCUUAAAUUGAUGUAUGUGGAAGUAAGGCCUUAAAUUCUUUUUAGAGUGAGUUGGGUUAAUCACGGGUCUUACAUUUUGUUGUAGCUGAUCUAUUUAAUCUUGUAUCUAGGUUUGUUAGUUUUUUUUUUCUUGUGAGACUUUUCUGUCAGUUUUAAGCAUGCGCAGAAAUCUUCAGGGUUGUUCUCUGACUCAGUGCAGUCAGUAACUAGCUGCUAAUAUGCUCUUGCUAACUAGCUUUCUUUAUUGCAUCUUUCACGGGUAAGUGCAAAUUGUUUUUGCCACUGAUUCACUUCUGCUGCCAGCCCACAAGAGCCAGCAAGAUACUCCAUUCACCCCCUAUAUUUAUAGUUCUUUUUUCUUGUCUUAAAUUUCAUUCAAGCUGGCAUUAAAAGGUCUUAAAGAGUCUUAAAUUUGACCUGGUAAAACCUGCCUUUGGAUCUUUUUCACAUUUUUGUCACUUUUGUUGGUUUUGGGGAUUCAAAUGUGUGCAGAAUGUGAAGUAGAAGGAAAAUGAUUCACGGCUUUUUGAAUGAUUAGUAAAAAUCUGAAUCAGGUCAGUUGCAGGUCCUUUCAGGUAUGAUGCAACCAGCUUUGUGCAUAUUUAGACUGAUGUGAACUCAAGCCUCACCUUAUCCAUUUUAUUUAGGUCUGGACUUUGGUAAUUUAUGAAGCAUCAAUAUGCUUUGUUAAUAAAUUAUAAGGUCACUUUACAAAUAAGGUAAAAUUGUAUGUAUCUAGAAGGGAAUCACAAUGAACGGGCAGUUUAGAACAGAUGGGUUUUAAGUCUGAAUCUAAACAGGAAGAGUGGUGAUGUUCUGACAUUUGAUUUGAUUUUUUACUUUUAUUUUUGUUUUUGAUGUUCUGGUGGUAACAAAGGAGUUUUUAGGCUACAGAUUGGAUUACUCUUUGCCAGCCACAUACCACAUCACAACUAAGGCUUUAAAAAGGCCCAACAACCUGAUGAAGAAGGAUGUCUCUAUUCUGGGGACGACUGUGGAACCUCUAGAUAUGACAAAACAAAGAAGGAUUUUACAUAAAAUCAAGCAAAUUAUGGACAACCCUGAGCAUCCUCUUCAUAAGACUGUCAUGGAAAAACUGUGUCUUCAGUCAAAGGCUCCUUCAGUCAGAAGACCACAGCCAUUACCAUUACUAUCUACAACAACUCUUUGAGGAAUCUUGAAUGACUUGAGCCACAACACCAUGCAAUUUCCCUUUGGGAUCAAUAAAGUACUUUUGAAUUGAA